CGAUGAAAUAUGCUUGGAAUCAUAUAAGUUUAGAUACUCGAAUUUAGUUCAUUUAAUAUUGAAUCACGAAUUAUUUGAUUUUGGUUUGUUUUAUACUUCAAUUAAAAGAAACUUUGAUGAAAAUUUGGUUAAUUGGCUAAUUGGUCAUGUGGACAUUGGAGCUAUGCGAUCUAGAUCAGAAAGUUAUGUAAUCAAAAAAUCAAUCCUACGCCCUGGCAUUGUUGUUCUGGCUCUCUAG